AUGUCUUCUAGCGCAUUAUCAUCAAUACUUAAUAAACACAAUUUAACUGGCGAGAAUUUUACCGAUUGGAAAAGGAACCUAAAGAUCGUCUUAACCUUUGAGAAACUAAAUUUCGUACUGAAUACACCUUGUCCUCCGGAGCCACCUGCUGAUGCUCCUAAUGAGGUUUUCAUAGCGUAUCAACGUUGGAAGAACUCUGACGAUAUGGCUCACUAUUAUAUGAUGGUGAGCAUGUCCACUGUGCUACAAGCACAACAUGAAGAUUACAUAACUACUCGUCAGAUUAUGGAUAAUCUUGAGGACAUGUUCGGUGGCCAAGCCGCUGAAAAACGUCGGGAAGCCCUAAGUAACCUCAUUAACUGCAGACAGAAGGCUGGGUCUUCCAUAAAGGAACAUAUGCUGAAGCUGAGGGUUGCUUAUUACUUUACAUCGUCCUCUGAGUCCAAUGGCACCGGCGGUGUCAAAAACGGUGACUGGAAUAGUGCACAACGGAGAGGAGGCGCGGCGGCCAAAAUGGGCGGCUCCGGCGACGGUGCUCCAGCGAGAAUCGACGGGUGA